AUGUCAACAGCUACUUUAAUUAAUUUGGUACGAAAUGGAGGGUAUCAAGUAAGAAGGAGAGCCGUGCUGACGUCCCGCUUCUUGCAAGACGAGAAGUGUCUGACAGCCACCUGCUACAGCUCCACCUCGGAGCGCCAUGCUUCACGCUUCGAUUCUGAUGGGAGUGGGCGACCUACCACAUGGGACACCUUUGGCAUCUGGGACAAUCGCAUUGAUGAACCCAUUCUACUCCCACCAAGCAUAAAGUAUGGGAAGCCGAUUCCAAAAGUCAGCCUGGCCAAUGUGGGCUGUGCUAGCCAAAUUGGGAAGCGUAAGGAAAAUGAAGACCGGUUUGAUUACGCUCAGCUGACGGAGGAUGUCCUGUACUUUGCAGUAUACGAUGGACAUGGCGGGGCAGCAGCAGCAGACUUCUGUGAUAAGUACAUGGAAAAAUAUAUUAAAGAAAUUCUUGCUCAGGAGGAGAACUUGGAAAGCGUUUUGAACAAAGCUUUUCUAGAAAUAAACAAAGCAUAUGAAAGGCACGCUCAUCUGUCUGCUGAUGCAACUCUGAUGAACUCUGGGACCACUGCAACGGUGGCUCUGCUUCGGGACGGUAUUGAGCUGGUUGUGGCAAGUGUGGGAGACAGUCGUGCUCUGCUAUGUCGAAAGGGAAAGGCCAUGAAACUCACCAUUGACCAUACUCCAGAAAGGAAGGAGGAGAAGGAAAGGAUUAGGAAUUGCGGUGGCUUUGUUGCCUGGAACAGUUUGGGACAACCUCAUGUGAAUGGUAGACUUGCAAUGACACGGAGCAUAGGAGAUUUGGAUCUUAAAAACAGUGGUGUGAUAGCCCAGCCAGAAACAAAAAGGGUUCAGUUGCAUCAUGCAGAUGACAGCUUCCUGGUCCUUACUACAGAUGGUAUUAACUUCAUGGUGAACAGUCAGGAGAUCUGGGCCUUCAUUAACCAGUGCCAUGAUCCUGCUGAAGCUGCCCACGUUGUCACUGAGCAGGCAAUGCAAUUUGGCACCGAAGACAACAGCACAGUUGUCAUAGUGCCAUUUGGAGCAUGGGGAAAGUACAAAAGCGGUGAGGUCAACUUUUCCUUCAGCCGCAGCUUUGCUUCCAGCGGCAGGUGGGCGUGA